UCUCCGGAAGGAUGGAAGGAUAAAGGGACGAGUGACUACAGUGGAGGUCUACACCCUGUUCUGAGAAUCAGGAAACCAAAUCCUGCACCCACCUCUAGAUGUGGACUUCAGAUUUUGCCACAUUCUUCAUUUGUCGCUAAAAUGACUGGUGAACAAUCACUCUGCAGCUGGAAUGAUAUUAUCUGUAGUCCAUGAGGAGUUGAAAGAGACCUGCUAUCCUGUCUUAUCAGAUGCUUCAGAGGGUGAGGAACUCAGAGCAACUCCACCCACUGCAUAAAGCAGCACAGAACGCUCCACUUACAGUUCUGGUCUGUGACUGACUCCGUUCUUCUGCACCUCAUCUGUUUCUUCAUAGCAUUUUAUUUUAAAGGACAGUUGGAUUCUGGGGAAUCUGAGGAUGAAGACACUCGCUGCUCCAUGUAUUUUGAUGAUUUUCUGUCUCUGCUCAAGUUCAGAGGCUUCCACUGCCUUUGACCUCCUGCGUGAAACUGCUGUGAGUUGGGCAGGGACUCUGCCCUGUGGUGGAUGGGACUGUGAAUGUGCAUUCAGGAAACAGCAGGGUUGUUGUUGUGUUGCGAAGCCACUGUUUGAGAUGGAGGAGGCCACCUUCAUACGUUUGGUUGGCUUAUGGGAAGGAUUGUCUCACCUGAACAACCAAAUAGAGGAAGUCACAGCUGGAUCUAAGAUAGCCUUCACUGCUGCAAUGCUGCCAAUGAGUGGAUGUCUUGGGCCUUUCACCAGCAACAUGUCCAUCAGUUACGAGUCUGUCUCACUCAAUCAGGGGAAUGGGUACAAUUCUGCAUUGGGUACAUUCACGGCCCCCCACGCCGGCCUCUACUCCUUCUCCUUCACGGCUUACUCCAAAGCUGCCGCUGCAGGCGAGCGGCUCUACCAGAAGCUGCAGUUGAUGAAGAACGGGCAGCUGAUUGCCUCAUCCUGGGAGGAUAACCGUGAGGAUUCAGAGGAUAGUAGUACUCAGACUGUUCUUCUUCAGCUUAGACAUGGCUGUCAAGUCUAUGUUGAGUUGCUUUCAGGCAGACAGCUUUGUGGAGACACCCAGGGCUAUAACACUUUCAGUGGAUACCUGAUCUAUCCAUUCUCUGAGUAAUGAGACCUGUAAGCACAUAAAUAACGAUUUUCAUUGUAAUACCUUCCAUUAAAACACUUUUGAAAAGAUGUUAAUCUGUAAUUCUUUGUGUGGAAUUUUCAAACAAAUUACAAAAUCAGCAUGUACCCUACCAUUGCAACAGAGUAUAUGGCUUUAUGAAUAAAGGUUACUUUAAUAGCU